UCAGGUCGUAGUUGUUCGUUGGCUCGCUUGCAAGAGGAGCCGUUUUCACCGCUAACCAGUUUUGCUUUAUUUGGAAAGUAGCCAUCAAAUGGGUUCUCUGCGGUACGAACGAUGUGGACUCAAUUAGGAGUCAAUGAGGGAACAACGAAAAACCAUAGGGUGAAACGUGAAAAUGUUGAAUCAAACAAGAAGUAAUCGCAGCUCAGUGAAAUGAUGAUCAGACGUAGAGAAAAUAGUGUGACUGUGUGUGCACUACUGUAGUAGAGCGACGGUGUAGCUGCCGAGAACAAGUGACAAAAGAAUUGAAAAUAAUAAAACACGGACCAAAACGGUUCCAGACGCGCGCGAGGAACGUCGCCUCGGUGCAUACACGGCGAAAGGUACGCGGCCAGUCAGCCAGUAAGAGUCAAGAGCAAAGUGCGAGCAAAGCAUACAAGCUCCGUACGAUGAUCGUUUUUAUUGCAUAAACAUACAACGAGAACCGGACCAGACUGAAAACGGCAGAACCUCUGCCAAAUAAAUUCCAGUUUUCCGUCGACCAGUUAACCAGAUAUAGUAUCUCUUCAGAGAACGGUGUUUGUGUUAGUGUGGAUAAUGGUGUGGCAUUUUAGGUAAAUAGCCAGAAUCCAAAUCAAUGAAUCGUAGUAGACGGAGUGUUUUUCUUCCUUUUCCUACUCACGUACUCAUGCUCUCCCGUUUGCUCUCGGGUGCUCUCUUUGACUAGCUGACGACGAUGAAAGAAAAGUUCUGACGUUGACGUUCCUGUCUUCACAUCGGUGUGGCGAGGAAUUUUUGCACCUCCAGCCUAGAAACAAGACAGCAGUUGUGCAGCAGACAAAAAAAAGUUCAAAUAAUUGUGUGAAAAACAAGUGAAACUCUGAAAAAAGCAUAUGCUCUAAUGGUUCUGCAUUGUAUCUGAAUAUACAGUUCUUUUUUCGCGAAAGGGGAAAAGGAAGCAAUUAGAUUUAAAACAGCAGCAGCAGCAGCAGUAGUAGUGGCGACGAAACAGUGUACCGAGAUUGAUAAUGGUGUAACAAGGUGAGAACGAACAGUGAAGCAGGCUUGUCGGAUUUUUAGAGGUGAACGUUUCAAUGAACUCCUGCUGUGGGGAGCAAAUAACAUCUAUAUCUGAGGUGUAACCAAGGCGAGAUUUAUGAAAUCAUACACAAUGGAUGGUUAUUUAAAUGCCAGUGCAACACUAACCAGGUACUCUGCCGAACGGACCAACGCAACGGGUUGAGCUUUCUCAAUCGUUUUGCCUUUGAUGUGUAGUUUGGGGAUUCGAACCCGCUGCUGGUUGGGGAGUGGUGGCGGUUGAUAAAGGAGCCACAGCAGAAAGUGCAAACGAGCAAAGAUUUUUUUUUUCUGCGGUACCCUCUUCCCUCGCAGCAUGGGUCGAGAUCGAGAAAUGGAAAAUUUACGUUUAGCAGUGAAGUGUUGUGCGAUUUUCGUUUCAAUGUAUUGUGAACGAUAGUGAUAGUGGGAGAGAAGAAGGCAAGGCAAAACCGAAAAGAACAACAAAUCUUAUCAUCGCCCAAAGCGUAAUAUGCAUGUAUCAACAACACACUCAACAGGCACGAGCUACAGUAACAACAGCAGCAGCAGCAGCAACAGCAACGAACGAGGCGUGAACUUAGUAAGUGACUCUAUAGCAGCAGCAGCGCCCGGUCCCGUGUCGACAAAUCCGGACAGUCAGUACCGUUACCGGCGACAGUCGGCCAGCAGGGCUACUCCCAGCGGCGGCGGUGAUGAUCAAGGUCAUCAGCAACAGCAGCAGCAGCAGCAGCAAGAGCAGAAACAACAUCCACAACAUCAUCAUGGUGCAAUCGUAACUACAGAAUGUGAUACUGAAGCGGAGAUUCCGGCCUCUGUGAUCAGCAGCGUUGGCACGGUCAACUAUCAGCAAUCGGCGGCCGCAGUCAGGCAGCUGUAUGUUGUGGCACCGGUUGGCUACACCGGCGAAUCGAACCAAUCCAACAACCUGCCCGCAGCCAUCAUCGGGAACGAUGUGAACGGGCAGCAGCAACCCUUCGGCAGCAGUUCCCCCAGCAGUAGCAAGCAGCACAUUGCAACCCGUAACACCGUCUGUCUCGGCAAUAGAAUGUUAUCGCAAACCAGCAUCUCCGGUGGAUCCUCGACUGCUCAAAACUCAGCUACGACGACGAUGACGACGACGGCGGCGGCCGCAACUGCAACAUCGGUGGCAGCAGCAGCAGCGGCAGCGGCCGCCGCAGUCGGAACAGCCAAUACUAGCAAUGGAAGUACAAAUCAACCCCGCCAGCAUCCGAAGAAACGGAAGUUUGAUCUGGCCGAGCUCGAGGAAAUGGAAUCCCACCGGGGCAGUGCAGGAUCUGUUGGACCUCUGCCAGUGGACACCGGAGGAGGAAUGCAGCAAUUGAAUGGAAACAACACUAGCAACAGUAUGGUAAAUAAUAACACUAGUGGUAAUGGGAAUGCAGGCAUAACCAAUGAGCAUUCAGAGAUGAAUGAAACAAUUUCAUCAGGAUACUCGGAACGCACCGGAAGUAGGCCACCGUCGCCUGCAUCGGGCAACAGCAAUAGUACCAACACCUUGGGUGCAAUAAUAACGGUCACCUCGAUGGGCUCGCACCAUCCUGUACCGAUGGAUGAAGGAAGCGGUUGUGGUAGCCCUAGUAGUAGCAGUAACAACGGCACUAUCAGUGGGACAAGGUCUCAACAGCAGCACUAUAGCAUGCCAUGUGGUGUACAACAACAACAACAACAACAACAACAACAACAACAGCCACAACAUAGACAAAUUUUACUCUCAUCUGAUCUAGGACGUCCUCAACAGCAACAGCCGCCAGCUCAGGCACUGCGAACCGUGGAUGGCUACUAUGCAAAUAAGAAAAUUUACACCAGUGUUUCCUACGGGUCCCCGAUCAACAGUUACAAAUCGGCUGCUACUCCACCAGGCACCAUAGCUUCAGCAGUUCAACUGCAGCCUCAACAGCAGUCGCUUCAUCACCACCAGCAUGUUCGAGCUUCACCGUCGUCCAUCCAACAGCAACAGCAGCAGCAGCAGCAAACGACAAUUUCCCCGCCCAGCAGUACUUCCACGGACGCCGCGGCAUCGCAUUUCGUUAGUAGCACGCAACCGGUAGCGAGCUUUAACGCCACAACCACUACCUCGGCCGGCACUCCUUCAUCCACUCCUUCCCUAUCGUCGUCGGCAACAGUCGCUCCUUCGGUUGCGGCCCCAUCAAGUCUGAUCGAUCUGAGCGACUGGUCCAAUCACUAUCGGGUGCUGGCGAAACGGAAAGACUGUUACGAGUCCGGUGUGAUACGAGCCAGUUCUUCGCCGAGUACGGUGAUAGUGCAGUUCGAUUUCCCAGAGGGUAGUCAACAGGUGUACGGUGAUGUAUUCGGCGCUGGUCGCUACGACAUCAUCGACGAUGCCUGUCCUUCGGCAUCGGACGUGGUACCCGGAUGUCGAGUCUGCGUUCGAGCUCGAACUGUACCGGCGCAUCCGGCGGGCAAUGUUUUCGUGGAGGCCAUAGUCAAAGAAAUGCAAAAUAAUACCAAGCAGUUCUCAGUACAACUCAUAGGACCGGGCAGUAACGCUCAGGAGAUUAAACUGGUAAAGAGGGUAGAUAUUCGAUUGCUGAAACCUCCCUGGUGGGAUGAGCUGGAAGAAAUGGUCGAAGUUGUUGAGGGUGCCAAGAAUCGUACUCAGCAAACUCCUAUGGGUAAAUCUGCUACGACGACGACGGGUUAUCAUAACCCCGAAGGAAUAGGCUCAAUUUCAUCGGCACCCACAAACGCUAUUAUGUACAGUCAGAACAGCAUUUCGGGAACUGGUGUAGGUACGAAUAUACAAUACAAAGCGAUCAGCAUAACGCAAGGACGUGGUAUGGGAGCGACAGCGACCUCUACGUCCCGUUAUGAGGCUGGACAACAGCAGCAACAGCCACAUGUGCCAUUACAAGUGUAUCAAAUUCUUCCGACGCUACACACGAACGAAGAGCAUUAUCGAACGGCGGCUACAUCGCCUUUUCAAACGAAUCAAUUGAACAGUGCUGUUGGCGCUGGAAGCGCUUCGGAAGGUCAACCCACAACGCUGAUUGCCAACAGUCACUAUCAGCCGCAUCAUUUAGCUCCGCAACAGCAGCAACCACAGCCGCAACAACAACAACAACAACAACAACAGCAACAUAGCAGUAACGAUCUGAUGGCUCCUGGUGGCUCGAAUAAAGUAUUAACAUCGGGUAGUCCUGACGAUUUGCGUGGCACAAAUCGAACGUACUAUGAUUACGAAAGCGACGAUGAACUUCGCCGAGAAGACAUCAACUUUCCGCUUGAUGGUGAAAAUGAAAAAUACUCAGGCAGCAGCAAACGCAGCAGCAUGCAGAGCCGUGGAAGUACGUCCAGUUUGCUGGACCAGCGAAGUACUCCUAGAUCUCAACCUGCAACUCCAAGAUCUCAGGCGGAAACGCCCCAUCACUUCAAGAAGGGUGACGUAGUGUGCACUCCUAGCGGCAUCCGAAAGAAGUUCAACGGCAAACAGUGGCGACGGUUGUGCUCGAAUGAAACCUGUACGAAAGAAUCUCAGAGGCGUGGCUACUGCUCGCGGCACCUCAGCCAGAAGGGUAACGCCCUGCGGUCCUCGACCGGUUCAACAGCAAACCAUUUCAAUAGCAGCAGUCGCUCCAGUAGCAAAACUCAGCUGGAUGAAGACACUUCUCGGGAUUCGGAAACUUCGCCCAAUUAUCGGGUUGCCGGAAGGUUUGACCAGGAGGAAACGGACGUGGCCAAUAUGCUCGUGUCGCUGAGCAGUUCCCGAUCCGCAACACCGUGCAAUUCCUUCUCGUCACCGACGGGUCACGCAUCGUCGCCACUGGCCAGCACAACUCAGUCACCGGUUACGAUCGGCAAUCGUCAAAAUGUGUUCAUGCCUAUCGGCAGUCCGGCUCCGUCCUCCUCCGAUCAUCACAGUAAGUUCAAAACUAACACUCCGAGUCCGAUAAUGUACGGUGGAGGAGGAGCAGGAGGCGGCGGCGGACUAGGAAAUGCCGGAGGGCCAUCGGGCGGUCAUGGAUUGAACGCCACCGGUUUACUCGGCGUCUCCGGCGGUGGAGUGCUCAGUCAACAGCAACCGCCUCUGAUACGACCGGAACUGUUGCGGCCCGCUCAGCCUCCGCCUCAACAACAGCCGAUCGUUUCUCUUCCUCCGACUGGCCACGCUACCAGCGUGAUCCGGAUAUCGCCGGCGUCGUCCCACGGUUCCCAACAUCCGGGACUGUACUCUUCCUUUCCAACCCAACAGCAGGUAAUAGUAGACCCGGCUCAAAGCGGACCCCAUCCGCAGCAGCAGCAGCAACAACAACAGGCACAGCAUUUAUCACGACUACAGGCUACGGCUGGUGGUCAACUCAUUCAGCCCCAGCAAACGAUCCAGAUCCAGCAGACGAUCGUCCAACAGCAGCCCCAUCCGGCUGCCAUCCCACAGCAACAGCUACAACAACCAGUGACCGUGCCAAAAAACGGCAUUAGCACGGGUUCCAUCUUUCAAUGGCAUACAUUACUUCCGAUAAUCCAAGCUCCGGCCUCGAAAACGUUCGUCCACCACCAUCAGCCGCAGUCGGGCUAUUCCCCGGCCCAGCAGCCAACGGCCACGAUGAUUGCAUCGCCGACGGUCAAGAUCUGUACUCCACCCCCGUCGGAGCCGGCCGACGAUGAUUGCGACGACGACCAGGGAGAUGAUGAUGUUUUUGAAGCAGAGCCCGUGAAAACUACCUACAACAAUACCAGCAGUAAUAGUCAAUUGGCCGGGAGAGACAACUUUCAAAGCAAUAUGGGUGCCGGGAACGGUAGCCACCUGCAUCGCGAAAUGGACACGAAUCCCUGUGCGUCGGGUCCGUUCCCGAAUCAGAAUAUGAUUGGUGGUCCGCCACCAGGAGGCAAUGGAGCAAACAGCAAAGCGGAAAAUGAUUCGCUAGUCAAACGACGCACACAGUCCUGCAGUGCCGCCCUGCAGGCAGCAAACAAUAGUGCUGGAGGACCCCAAGCGACGGCUAAAGAACCGCAGAGUCCACUCAACAAAAAAGAUGCCAAAAUCCGUCGUCCGAUGAACGCUUUCAUGAUCUUUUCGAAACGUCAUCGAGCUCUGGUACACCAGAAGCAUCCCAAUCAGGACAAUCGAACCGUCAGCAAGAUUCUCGGCGAAUGGUGGUACGCCCUCAAACCGGAAGAGAAAACUAAAUAUCACGAGCUAGCCAGCGAAGUGAAAGAAGCUCACUUCAAGGCACAUCCCGAGUGGAAGUGGUGCUCGAAGGAUCGUCGCAAAUCGUCCUCAUCGGCCAAGGAUGGUCGUGGCCGCAUGGAUUCCUUCGAUGGAAACGAUUCGUUUGACGAAAAAAGUCCAACCACUCCAUCGGAAGCCGGUCCGAUCAAUCAGAAUGACAUCAUUCCGACAACGAUAGCGCCGUACAAUGUUACUCCCGCUGAGGAUGCCAACGAGAACGCUAACCGCAGCAGUGGUGCUGCAGUAGCAGCAGCGGUGGACAAUGGUGCCGGGGAAAAAAUGGACCAAGGUGACGACGGAACGAUGUCCGACGACGACCAGCAGAUGGUGAUCGCGGAAGAUUCGGCCGGGCUGCAGCCCAUUGCCGAAACAGUCGAAAUUGAUCUCAAGUGUGCCGAAAAGGUGACCGAUUCGGACGUGGACGACGGAAAUUGCGGUAGCAACAUGAACGCCACGACGACGGCCGGCGACGAAAGUGACUACCACAAAAGACAAAAGGUUUCAGACUCGAUGGUAGCAGCCUCGCAUUCGAGCGACGGCAGCCAAACUGUUCCGACGGAUUACUCGAAAACGGCGACCGCACCGAUAAUGGCCAGUUGUAAUAAUAAUAACAACAGUAGUAGUAGUAGUAGCUCGGCUCCAACGACCCCGUCGGAUCCGCUAACAUGCAAACCAAAACCGAUAAAAGUAGCAUUGCUGCCGCCACCGGUUUCCCACCAGUCCAGUAUGGUGGGUGCCGGCAGCACAGUGCACUGUGAAUCUCCAGCCGGUGGUCCUGGUGGUAUACUGCAUCAUGGUUAUCAUCAUCAGCCAAUCAGCUACUCAUACGGUAGUCCCAAAAAUCCGGUCGGUGUGUCGCCGUUUCAACCUACUGGUGGAGCUUUCAAAACCAUGCCUCAAAGUCCGAAGACAAUUGGGAAGCAGCAGGACCAGUACCAGACGGUCACAACGCCGACCACCAUCAAAACUGAGCCUACAGACGUCAUGUGCAAUAACAAUAACAUGAACAAAGCCGCGAACGGUGAAAUUUUCAACUUUUCAACCGCCUCGAUAAAAGAGCUUCAGCAACAGCAGCAGCAGCAACUCGUUUCGGCAGACAAUAAAUGUAAAUCGAUCAGUUUGAAUCCCAUUUGCUAUACCAUCAGUUCAAAUGUCAGUGGUAACCCUACUAACAACAAUACUACCAUUGCGAGUACUAGCAGUGCUAACGCUAACCAUACCGGUAACACUAUACUGAUGAGCAUGAAACAAGUUGUGCCAUCACCGUCGGCAUUAGGCCUACAGCAUCACCUUCAACAGCAGCAGCAGCAGCAUCAACAGCAUCAUCAUCACCAGCAACAGCAACAGCAGUUUGGUUCUGUUUCCGGCGGCGAGAAUGGUGCACCUGCGACUGCUAUUCUAACACCGAAUCAGGUGUUAGCGGCCGCUGCCGGACGGCAAAAGUUUAUGCUAGCGGUCAAUGCGAACAACUCACAGUUUGCAUUCGUCCUUCCCGACAGCCAGCAAUACGCUCUAAACGAUCGCUCGAAACUGUACACCAGUGCCACUUCUUCCUCACUAGUUGCUUCCUCUUCUACGCCAUCCUAUACCUCUUCCUCGACUACUUCCGCUGGCUCUUCAUCCAACUCCGCAAUACCAGGAUUAUCAGCUUCAAACGCUUACGCACUAACCUCAUCCGCGAUGAUGCAGGGACAGCAGUUGAAGUCAGCCAUAUCAACAAGUACAACCGCAACCCUUCAACCAGUACAAUAUUUGAUACAGGGAAAGAUACCGAACCUUUUGAUCUCUGCCGCCACACAGGGCUACCAACAGCAGCAGCACCAGCACCAACCGCCUCAACUAAUGAGUAUCAAACAAGAACCGCCGGAAUCACCCGGUGGCAGAAACCUACCGGCCACACCAAAUUCCUGCUCCUCGAGUACGCUGCUGGCUUCGGCUGAUCUAGCCGAACAGCAGAUAGCCGUUCCGGCUGGAGCAGCAUCCGAUGAGACUGAUGACGACUUUGAGGCUCCCGAAAGUAAGAAGUUUAUUCUUGCUCCAACUCCGGCUCAGCUCGGACGGGCUCCGUUGCAACGACGACAGAUGAGUACCGGCAGCAACAAUAGUAACGGGGGAAACUGCACUGCCGGACAAACCAACAUCAUAGGAGACGGCCGUGAGGAAUGUAACAAUGGCCCCUCGUCCCAACUGCCAUCCUCGCUGCCCACGCCAACAUCGGCGUCAAUAGAUGACUUUCAGAGCCCGCAGAUUUCUCCGACAACCAAAACGAAAAAUUUCUUCAAGAAAGUUAAACCGGAUGACAUGGAUAACGUGCUCCGGCAGGUGGAUUUCGAGAAGAAGUUCAAAACAUUACCCCAGUUCAAACCAGAGGACUGCCAGUCGCCCAGUGCAAUCUCAGUGCCAUCGUCACCACGGGUAUUCACCCAGAAUUACCGUAAAAAACAAUCCCAACAGCAGCAGAAACAUCAAGAGCAACUUAAAACCCCACUGGAAGACGAACAUCACCAGCAAACACAGCAGCAACAGCAACAUCAACUGCAGCAACAACAGCAACAGCAGCAGCACCAUCCACCGCCUCCUCCUCCGCUGACAUCGGAUAGCAGUGCACCGCUAUCGUCCACGGCUACCCCGUCCAGUUCCUACAUCAUAGGAAACAGAUUUUUCGGACCGGACUUCAACAUGGAACAGUACAAAGGUAUCUUUUCCGUUGUAGACAUGACGACGGCAGACUGCGCGGACCGCUCGCCGCGCACACCGAAGACCCCCUCGACACGGUCCGUCAAUUCUGCCGAGGAAAAGGGCCACCGAAAGAUUCUCGAGCAGCGUCGCAAUCUGGUGAUGCAACUGUUCCAGGAACACGGAAUGUUUCCGUCAUCACAGGCGACCAAUAACUUUCAGCUGGCGCACAGCGACAUCUUUCCGAACAAGCAAAGCUUGCAGCUGAAGAUCCGCGAAGUUCGCCAGAAGUGUAUGGCUCAACCGCCCGGGUUUACGCCCCAGUCGGCUGGGCCGAUGACACCGACCGAUCUUGGCACUGGAACUCCAUCCGAUCAAUCGCAACAAACACUGCAAAGCCUACAACAGCAGCAGCAGCAACAUCAGCAACAACAACAACAACAGCAGCAGCAACAGGAAUAACCGAAACAAGGUCGCCGGUAUUUGUUAACCUUUUACAAUAGGUAAGCACUAGAGACAUUCCAGUGUGAUACCAGUUUGUAAAACAAAAGUUGCUUUUAACUACAGCAUUUCAGAAACCGCACCAACAUGGAAACAUUAGAACAUUUGCCAUUUGCCAAUCGUAGAGUUAUACGAUUAUCUUUGAUUACGCUGAAAACAAUAGAACAAUUAUCAUGCUACGACACACGCACUAUACAAUAGCCUAAACGAUAAACUAACAAAAAAAUUCAAUCAUCUUAAAUAACGUCACAAGCUCUUACUUUCAAAUAACUCUUAUAAGCCAGCAGAAAAAAAACAAUAAAUAAACAAUAGUUCUUACGGAACAAUCAAUAACACAAAGCAAAAUAUACAAAAUAAAACCAACCAACCCUGCUUUACCGACUCGCACGUGUCCUCAAUUGCACCGUCAACGGUUUGGGAAAACUAACCCCCCCCCCUCCCCCCACUAUCUGAGCACCUACCGAUCGCGGCCAUGUUGUUUCUCAAUGUACAUCAUCUGCUUAACAAAACACAAAACCGACCCGAAGUAAGUAAGCAUUAUUGCACCUAUACUAUUAAUCGGUGCGCCAAUGCCAAAACGACACCCAGCUCAGGCCUGUGUCCUUUCUCUCUGUCUGUUUCUCUGUCUGUGUGUCUCUCUCUCUUUUUCGGGACACUCUAAACAAUGCACUCCCCGUCGUGGCAGUGCGAAACAGAAAACAGCCCAAACCAGUCUCUUGAAUUUAAAAUUUUAGAGGUUAAAUAAAUUGAUAAUAUGAAAUGAAAAAAGCGUCACGUGAAAUUAAAUUGAAUUAAGAUCCAUUAUGCCAGCAACGCGCAUAAUAAGCAUCUAGUGAUUUUAGUCGGUAAGCUUCCGCCAGAGGGAAACUCUAGACAUACAAAAAGAAAAGUACACGCAAGUGUUAGUUAAGAAGAAGAUGAUAUAAUAUUAAUGAUAAUAAAACAAAUUGUAAAUACUAUUGCAAAGUUAAUGAAUGUAAUUUGUCCUGGAAAGGAAGAUAGAAUCAACAGUUGUAGAAAGUACAAGAUUUAUAAACAAAUUUUACUGUGAGUUGUAAAAAAUAAUGUUGGCAAAAACCAAUCGAACAUUUUGGAAAGAUAAACGCAGCUCGACCAUUAAUUAUACUGAGCGUUUUCCACUCUUCAUCACACCCUUCUAUCUCAGUGGUUCUCUAGAUUCUCUGACAGCCAGGUUUGUGGAAAACCGCAAUCAUUCUCUCUCUCUCACUCUCUACUUUCCCAACCCACCACCUCUCACACCUCAAACGACACAUAUUGUUUUUGUAACUAAUUCCAUCGAAAGUUCUCUCGCCAAUGUACAGAAAAAUGUAGCACUUGUAGAGUACCUCAUUCGAACGAAAACCUUCAACCAUUCCCCCCGUCUCAUUUAGUCUAUGUUACGAUGCACACAUUUAAAUACAAACAGCCUAACACAGACUCACGGACGACGAUCCUCAGACCGAACCUUUUUUCACACACCCUUCUAGAAGUGGUUAGUCAACUAACGAAAUAUGGCCGUUAAGAUUUACGAAAAACAAUUGAGCAAAUGCUUCGCCAAAUAAUGGCAAGCAUCACAACCAUGUACGUAAGCAAACGAAACAAGAAAAAAAACAAAUGGAAACCGAAAAUCAUGUCUGAAUCGCUCGAAAGCAUAUUACUAAAGGAAAAGAAUAUUACAAUUUAUACACGCCAAUGCCCAUUUUAUUUCAGUGAAUGUUGUCUUUGAGGAUGUAGUUGAGUAAAUUAGCUAUAGAGAAAUGGAAAACCGAGUUUGAAAAACAAGUGUGCUAAACUCUGUCUAAGCCCACACACAAACACACACACAUACACACGAGCACAUACAAACAAACAAACACAUACAUUAAAUUCAGUCAGAAGAAAGUCAGAUUUGUAGACAAUGUCGUUAGGAGUGCAUCGCAUGCCAGUUAUUGCAAUGCAGUUGAUUGAUCGAACUCGAGCAGCAGCAGCAGUAGUAGAGUACGGCAAUUGUACGAUUAUACAAAAUCCAACCUUCAACAAAACGAUUGGACAUUUGGAAAAUGAUUGUAAAAGAAAAAACAAAACAAAAAAAAGAAACCCACAACAGUAAAAUACA